AUGCCCGCCUCACGACCCUCCAGCCAGCACUUUGAUUCAUCAUCCUCACGCUCCUCAUCCGACUCGGGCAUCUCCUCAGCACCAGUAUCCUCAGGCUACCGAUCCAGCAUGGACACCAUUCAGCAACCCGUCGCCUCCGUCGAGAUCCUGCGCUGCAUGCGCUGCGCUCGUGCCGUCGAGACCACCUCGACCGACGACGCCAGCUCCAUGGGCAUGGUCCGCAUCGCUCACAACCUCUACUACUGCGAGCGGUGCGCCAAGAUUGUCGGCUACAAAUAG